AUGUUACCUAUAGUACGAUUUUUUGAGACCAGAGACCAGAGGAAAAAGUUUUCAGAGAAUUUAGUCAAUAAACAAGAAGUAGUUAUUAGUGGAUACAAUUUAAAAAACUUUUAUAGAAAAAUGGUUAAUCGGAGAAUAUUGUUACCUGUAAUGUCAGGUAACAUUCUCAUGAUAGUGUCCGGUGCAUUUACAGUUUGGCCUGUAAUAUAUUUCGAUAAAGUUUUUCACAGUAGGUAUUUUAGAAUGUUUUUUAUCUUUGAAUUAAUAGGUCAAAUAAUAGGGUCAAUAAUAUUUUCAUUAUUAGCAGAACUAAUAGGAAGAAGAUAUAGUUUACUUUUAAUGACUUUUCCUGCAAUCAUUAGUGUUAUUAUUUCUGAAUUCUUUUAUGGCAUUAUAUUUUUAUUUUGCAUAGCCAGAAUCUGUUCUGGUAUGAUUGUCGGAGGCAGUUUCGCUGUAUUACCGAUUUACGUUGCAGAAAUCAGUGAAACUAAUUCUAAAGGAGGUUUUAUAUCGUCAAUGUUUAUAUUUUAUCAUAUUGGAGAAAUUUUCAUUCUAUUACUGACGGACAUCACAUACGAUUAUUUUGCUUCGACUGUUUUAGUGAGUUUAUUUAUUAUAGUUUUAGCUAUAGCUUAUUGUAUUACAUUUGCAUUAAUAGCUCCAGAAAGUCCCUAUUAUUAUUUAAAAAAAGAACGCCAUAAUGUUGCAAAAAUAGUUCUUAAUAAGUUAAGAGCACAAAAUAUAAAUACAGAUAUUGAACUUAUUGAAAUGCAAGGACAAGUUAAUGAGAAUGGACAAAAUGCUCAAGAAUACGAAAGAAUUAUGGUAUGUGUACGAGGUCCAGGAUGGGUCAAAAGUGGAAUUAUGAUGUUUGGUAUUUUGGUAUCACAAAUUGUGAUUUCAAUUGGAGUAGUCGCGACAAUUUUUUCCCUAUAUUAUUAUAUACAUGGAAGAUUGAAUGCAUCGCUUAUUAGAGGUGUAGCUGCUGUGUUAACUUGCUGCAUUUCUACCGCUUUAGUUGAUAAGAUUGGAAGAAAAUUGCUACUAAUGAUAUCUUAUGUAGUAAUCGCUGUAUCUGCUGCAACAAUUAUAAUACUCAGUUUAAUGCCAAUAGAGAACGCGUAUGUUUUUCUCUUACCAACAGUAAUUUUAAUCGGAAGUCAAUGUUUUCUUUUGAUUUUACAAACAAUUUUAUUGGCUGAAUUGUUUCCAUUAAAAAUAAAAAUGAUAAGUUCGGCCUCUUUUACAGCCCUUUGGUUUGGUUCACAAAUAGUGACACAGUUACUAAUAGACAUAUCGGAGUUAUUUAAAUUUUUUCCUGUUGUAUUGAUUAGUGUUGCAAUGUUACCUAUAGUUCGAUUUUUUUAUCUUGAGACCAAAGGCAAAAGUUUACAAAGAAUUCAGUCAAUAUUAAACAAGAAGUAGGUUUGUAAUUUUGCAUACAAAACUUGCUUGACAACAUAUUUUUUAUUUUUAUAAUGCAUUGUUACUUAUUAAAUACUUGUAUUUAUGUUGAUUUAGGAAUAAAUAAAUUGUACAUAGG